GUGACACAGAACGAGAAGGGGUGGCCCCAGAAAAGUCCUCUCCAGAAAGGGAGAAGAAAAAGGAACAGUCAGAUGCAUCUAAUUCUCCUAGAACAUCAAAACAUCAUUAUUCAAGAUCACGUUCACGGUCACGGGAAAGAAGACGAAAGUCAGAUAAUGAAGGAAGAAAACACAGAAGCCGGAGCAGAAGCAAAGAGAACCAACUUCUUCUUAAAACAGGCAAGAAGACAUGAAUCCAAAGAGAAGUCCUCCAAGAAGCACAAAUCUGAAGACCACAAUGACAAAGAACAUUCUUCUGACAGAGGAAGAGAGAGCCUAAAUUCAUCUGAAAAUGGUGAGGAUAGACACAAACGCAAAGAAAGAAAAUCAUCAAGAGGGCGGAGUCAUUCAAGAUCCAGAUCUCGUGAAAGACGUCAUCGUAGUAGAAGUCGUGAUAGGAAAAAAUCCCGAUCCCGCAGCAGAGAGAGAAAGCGCCGCAUAAGAUCUCGUUCUAGAUCAAGAUCUAGACACAGACAUAGAAGUAGAAGUAGAAGCAGGACUAGGAGCAGAAGCAGAGAGUUAAGGCUUUCCUUAGAGUUUAGGAGGCAAUUCUCAGACUCGUUUUUUCGGAGCCCGAGUCCGCCACCUUUUCGGGGACGAAAUACAGCUAUGGAUGCACAGGAAGCAUUAGCCAGAAGAUUGGAAAGAGCAAAGAAAUUGCAAGAACAGAGAGAGAAAGAAAUGGUUGAAAAACAGAAACAACAGGAAAUGGCUGCAGCGGCUGCAGCCACGGGAGGCUCUGUUAUUAACGUUGCUGCUCUUCUGGCAUCGGGAACACAAGUAACUCCUCAAAUAGCAAUGGCAGCUCAAAUGGCAGCACUACAAGCAAAAGCACUAGCAGAGACUGGAAUAGCUGUGCCUAGUUAUUACAACCCAGCAGCAGUGAAUCCGAUGAAGUUUGCUGAACAAGAAAAAAAGCGGAAGAUGCUUUGGCAAGGCAAAAAAGAAGGGGAUAAAUCACAGUCUGCAGAAAUAUGGGAAAAACUAAAUUUUGGAAACAAGGACCAAAAUGUCAAAUUCAGAAAAUUGAUGGGCAUUAAGAGCGAGGAUGAAGCUGGCUGUAGUUCAGUCGACGAAGAGAGUUACAAAACUCUGAAACAGCAGGAAGAAGUUUUCAGAAAUCUAGAUGCACAGUAUGAAAUGGCCAGAUCACAGACUCAUACACAAAGAGGAAUGGGAUUGGGCUUUACAUCUUCAAUGCGAGGAAUGGAUACAGUCUGAGAGGAAAAAGUGAUUUUUAAAGUUUGGGACUAUGGAAGAUUCUUGUUCAAAUGUUGGGUCCUUGUUCACCAAAAAGCUAGCAUUCUAGCUUGCAUGGGUGUUGCAUUGACUUUAAUUUAUUGAAAAAUACAAUUUUUUUUGUAAAUAUCAGAUCAGUGAUACUGGUGUUAGUGUUGUAAUCAGGUUAUACCCACUUCCAUUAAACUUGACAGAACUAUAGAAGGACAGUAUUUUUUAGUUUAAAGUUCUACUUUUCAAACCAAGCAGCAGAUGGGAUAAACUCAUACAUGGAUAUUUCGUGUCCACUGUCUUGUGUACUUUUGUACUUUAACCUUGUACAGUUAUUUUCAAUUCUUGAAACAUGAAAGAAACAUUGUGUAGAUGUUAUUUAGCAGUCUGGGCCAAUAGGCACAUAAUCCAGUGCAAAAACCUGGUUAAUAAUAAAGACUUUUUUUCUCUAA